AUGGAAUCACCGCAAAUGUACGACGCGGCCGGCGCACCGCCGCCGCCGCCACAACCAGACCUCAAGAAGACUAACGACGACAAACGUAACAACUACCAACCGCCAGACUUAGACCCCCGGCACCUAGACUCCGAUCUCAAUGAACAGGAAAUCAGUUUGGACCUACAACACCUCAUCGAGGACCAGUUCCGCGGAGAGGAAACGAUGGCCCUCUUCCAGGAAAUCCUUCCGGGAGGGCGAUCACCCCAACAGAGGCCCUUCGCGCGAACUACCUUAGCAUAUAUGCCGCAGCCGGUGCAUUCCGGUGCGUCAUACGCUGCCCCAGUUCAACCCAAUUCACACGAACAAGCACCGCCAAUUAAGGAAGAGCCCCCGGAACCACACGAUUUCAGAAGAUCUGUUACUUGUGCCCAGUAUACCGGACAGUACAAUCCUCAACCGCCAGUAGGUGUAAGUGGACCAUAUGGGGGUGGAUUUACUCCCUUACCACCACUAGGAGCUCCGCUCCUACCACCUUUGUUAAAGCACAAACCGCCACCCCCAAGACGCUCGUCUGGAAAAGGCCUAGAUAAAGGUACUGAUGAGUACAGAAGACGAAGGGAACGCAAUAAUAUUGCAGUGCGAAAAUCACGCGAAAAGGCCAAAGUGCGUUCUAGAGAGGUGGAAGAAAAAGUUAAAACCUUAUUAAGGGAAAAGGAUGCCUUGUUAAAGAGGCUAGAGGCCGUCACUGGGGAGUUAAGUUUGCACAAACAAAUGUACGUUCAUCUGAUAAAUCUGAAUCACCCAGAGAUCACGGAACUGUGCAGGUCGAUGCUGCAGCUAGGAGCGCCGCAUGCGUCGGAUCAUACGCUCUGA